UUCUUUCCUCAUUUUGUACUCUCUCACUCCACAGUAGUAGGUAUUCAGUGCACAGAAACAGUACCUUCCCCCACCCCCCUCGAUUACAUUUUUUGAAAACUCCCUUUUUCACCAGAAUAAUUCUGUGUUCCAUGGAUUCCCAAGAAUCACAAGCGGGUCACCACCAAAAUCAACAUCAUCAUCAAUCCCCACACCCCCAUCUUCAUUCUUUCCCUCAACACCACCAAAGCCAACACCACCACCAACAACAAGCACCGCCACUUGGCCAUCCUAUGAUGAUGGCACGACCCCAACAACAACAUCAACCCCAACAACACCCACAACAUCAACAUCCACAACAUCAACAACAACAGCACCCACAGCAGCAGCAACAAGCCAACUCCUAUGCUGUAUCCAACAAUGUUCCAACACAUAACAACAACAAUUCUUCUGUCAUGAUGCAACAGCUUCAACACCAGCAGCACCAGCACCAGAACCAGCAACAGAAUUCUGGGUUCCCCUUUAAUUCAGCGGUGAAUACUGCUUCUGCUUCUGCAGUCCAACAACCCAAUCUUGAUUACUCAGAUGCAUCAUCUCCUAGGGCAGCUACUACUGGGUUCAGCAUUGAGCCUGCCAGGAAGAAAAGGGGCCGACCCAGAAAGUAUUCUCCUGAUGGUAACAUCGCUUUGGGUCUCUCUCCUACUCCUGUUACCCCUAUUUCUUCUGUGGUGCCGACGAAUACAGAUUCUGGGGGUGGUGGUGAUGUGGAGGGUACAUCUUCAGAGAACCCGUCCAAAAAGGCCCGAGGAAGGCCUCCUAGUUCUUCAAAAAAACAGCUUGAUGCUUUAGGUGCAGCUGGAGUCGGCUUUACGCCCCAUGUGAUCACAGUGAAUGUUGGGGAGGACAUAGCAUCAAAAAUAAUCGCCUUCUCCCAGCAGGGGCCACGUACAGUUUGUAUACUAUCUGCAAAUGGAGCCAUCUGUAACGUCACCCUUCGCCAACCAGCAAUGGGAGGUGGCACUGUGUCCUACGAGGGCCGAUUUGAAAUCAUCUCCUUGUCAGGUUCCUUCCUGCAGUCGGAAAGUAAUGACAGCAGCAGAGCAAGUGGUCUAAGCGUGUCACUGGCUGGUUCAGAUGGUAGAGUAUUGGGUGGUGGAGUUGCAGGAAUGCUUAUGGCUGCCACACCCGUGCAGGUAAUUGUAGGUAGCUUCAUUGCAGAAGGGAAAAAGCCAAAGUCUAAGGCACCAUCUUCGACACCACCAUCCAAUAUGUUGAAUUUUGGUGCUCCAGUCACAGAAACGAGCCCUCCUUCUCAAGGUGCCUCAAGUGACUCAUCUGAUGAAAAUGGCAAUAGUCCUUUCCACCAUGAACCAGGACCCUUUGGUAAUGCUGGCCAACCUAUGCAUGGUAUGUCUNCAAUAUUUUUCCUUUUGGUGGCGAUAGCUCAGUUGCAGAGCCAAAGCCAGGCACCAAGCAGGGUUGAGCCCGAUCCGCCCCGAGAAGUCACCUGCAGAACUGAGCCGGUCGCUGUAAGGUCGAAUGAACAAGAAUCGGGCCCUAACCCCGAAAUUAUAAAGAUGCUUGAUGAGCUGACAAAGCGGAUAGAAUCAGGGGAAAAAAAUUGA